GGCUCCCCGGCGCGAUGCCGGCCCCUCCGCCCUGUCCCCCUCACGCUGCCGAGCGCUGGGUGCCUGCCCUGGGAGCGGAGCGGAGCGGCACGUCCCGAGAGCCCACAGGGACAGGCAGCUCCCCGCGCUCACAUCGCCACCGCAGCGUGGGUGGGACCCGGGCGCCAGAGCAGGGCACCGAUGCACGGCUCCUGCAGCAGGCGCGGCUCAGCCACGCUGCUCGGACCCCCACGCUGCACUGUCACCGCCACAGGCGUUAGGACGUGACAGAGGAAAGGCAAGGUCUGCUCCGGUGUGGAACACACCACUUCGCUACCUAACACGUUACGCCCUGAGUUGCCUCAGUGCCAGGACUGUGUACCAGCAGAAGGUUUGGGUUUAGUGCUCCUUUCUCCGUCUUCUGUCAGGAAAAGAUGCUGGCCGGUGUGAGAGGGCGUGUGCCAAACGAGCUCCUCCAGGGGUGGGUGUGGAUCACUCUGCACUGGACUUUCGAAGAAGAACUGCAGAAAUCAUGAGAUGGCUUGAGGCAGGGACCUCAUGCAAGUCAUUUGAGUUGUUACUACAGGCUGAAGGGAGAGGAGGAGUAAAGGAGAAAACAGAGAGGACUUUUAGCUGACCUCAGGACAACAUGGGAGACGUGCUGUGUGUGAGCGCUGUCAGACCCGGGUGCUGCAGCUGCUGUUCAGAGAGAAGGGGCUCCCAACACAUCCAAGGCCUUCAGCAUGUGGAAACAACAUCUACAGUGGAGCUGAUGGAUAUAACCAGAGCAACCCUUCCUGUGCCCUCACUGCAGCCACAGCAUUUCCACACUCUCCAGACUCAAAUAUGCAGGUUGUGGAGGCCCGGGGGUUAUGCUGAUCCUUUCCAAGAGGAGAAUGUUGCGGCCAGGUUCAAAUGGCAGAGACAAGGCAUUACAUUUGGAGCUGCCACAUCCUAUGUCCCUCUGGAGAAGCUGCGUGAAGGAUCCAGUGCAACUGUUUACAAGGGGAUCAGCAGGACCAAUGGCCAGUUGGUGGCAUUGAAAGUUAUCAGGCUGGAAGCAGAGGAAGGAGUGCCCUUUACAGCCAAUCGGGAAGCUUCUCUUCUCAAGCGUUUGAAACAUGCCAACAUUGUACUGCUUCAUGACAUUUUCCAGACCAAGGAGACACUAACAUUUGUCCUUGAGUACAUGCACACGGAUCUGACACAGUACAUGGCCCAGCAUCUUGGAGGACUUCAUCCUUGGAAUGUUAUGCUCUUCAUGUUCCAGCUUUUGCGAAGCCUGGCAUACAUCCACCAACAACACAUUCUUCACCAUGAUCUGAAACCCCAGAACUUGCUCAUCAGCUGCCUCGGUGAGCUCAAAUUAGCUGACUUUGGCCUUGCUCGUGCCAAGUCCAUCCCCAGUCAGACAUACUCCUCUAAAGUGGUGACAAUCUGGUACCGUCCUCCUGAAGUUUUGCUUGGAGCUACAGAUUACUAUUCUGAUCUAGAUAUCUGGAGUGCAGGCUGUAUUUUUGUUGAAAUGAUCCAGGGUCAGCCAGUAUUUGCAGGAACUUCUGGUACUCCUGAACAGCUGGAGAAGAUCUGGGAGGUAUUGGGGGUCCCAACUGAGGACACCUGGCCAGGACUUUCCAAGCUCCCCAGCUACAAGCCUGAGCUGGUUGCUUCCAGGAGACCUCAGAGACUCCGAGUGAUCUGUGACAGGCUGAGCAGGGUGCCAGCAGCAGAAGAUCUGGCCUCCGGAAUGCUCACAGCCUUCCCUCUGUGGCAGAUCUCUGCACAAAAUGCCCUUCUUCAUGGCUUCUUCAGCCCUCUGCCUCCACAGCUCUAUCAGGUGCCUUCUGGACAAUCAGUGCUCGCAGUUCCAGCAGUGAGACUGCAACCUGAAAUCUGUGACCUGUCUGCUCCUUACCAACAAGGCCAUCUCUCAGAAGGUUCAAGCAAGUUUUGGUAGAAGGCAGAAAUGACUGACUACUUCUUGGGUAACCAUGUGGUUACCACUGCCAAAGUUGCUGCCAUCAUCCAUAGCACAUGAAUUCCUCUGGGCACUGAAGGUGGGAAAGCAAAACCAAUACCCAGAGCUGGAUCACCACAUCCCAGGCUGAGGACAAAGUGGGAAAUUUUCUCACAUUCAGAGGGAAGAGAUUGCCAAGCCAGUGGCCUCCAGUGCACACUGCACAGUAGUGUGAUGGGAGGUUUGGGUUUGUUUUGUCAUAUUCCCGAAUCUCAGACAGUGCCCUUUCCUCUGAUGCCUCCCCAGUCAAAAUAUGGUUUAUUUUCCACAUUGUUUUAACUGACCAAAUUGCUUUUUUUGCCUUUGUCUAUGUCUAUUGAGUUCACAUUUUAUAGCUUACUUGUUUUGAUUUAACACACAAUGGAAUUUGCUCAAUGAAGUACCAGAAAUGACAGAGAGCUCUACCCAGGGGGGAGAACAGCAAUGUUGCAAUGGAUGUUAUGACAAUAUGUACAUUCUUCCACUGCAAUGAAUAAAGCCACAGCUUUACCUUUCUUGGGUUCGUCCUGUCUCACAAAACCCUGCCACGGUGACCCAUUGAUCUGCAAACUGGAGUUUCUCAUUGAAGUCUUUUUUUCCUUAGCACUCCAAACAGUGUUGGUGCUAGAAGCAGACAUUGGGCAUUUUCUAAUAUAAUUCAG